GGCAAUCGCAUAAAUUGACGUAGCGUCUUUUGUCGAGUGCGGCAACAAAAAACUUCUGACGUGUGCAUCAAUAAUUGACAAAUUAGAUUUCAUUCCUGCCUAGCGAAUCGGUAUUUCCAAUUGGUUUAUUUCGUGGCAACAUAAGACUCGGAUAUUUUAUUUUACAUUCACUCGCUGCAUCAGCUACUAUAAAAUGAAAAUACCAGAGAAGAGCAGAUUUCUUAUAUACUCUAUGAGUAUUUUCUUUUGUUACUUCUUGUUCGGUAUCGUGCAGGAGAAAAUCACCCGUGGACGCUACGGUGACGAACCGAAUGAGGAUGGCAAAGUUGGCGAGCGUUUCACGUAUGUGCUGGCUUUAGUGUGGGUGCAGUGUUUUUGUAAUUUCAUUUUCGCCAAAGGAAUGUUGUGGACUAAAAAAGCGAAGAAAGAGGAUCAAACACAUACGGGUUAUUACGCUGUGUGCGCACUCACCUAUCUGCUAGCAAUGGUCGCGUCCAAUAUGGCGCUACGUUGGGUGCCUUAUCCCACGCAAGUGGUUGGCAAGUCAGCUAAACCAAUACCGGUAAUGAUAUUGGGUGUAUUAAUUGGCCGCAAAUCAUAUUCCUGGGUACGUUACGCCUGUGUAACAUCAAUCGUUGUUGGUGUAGUAUUGUUUAUGUACAAGGAAAGUCAAAUUGCACACUUGCCAAAAGAAACCACUGGCUUAGGUGAGCUUUUGCUUUUUCUGAGUUUGGCCAUGGAUGGCUUAACCGGCGCAGUGCAAGAGAGAAUGCGCGCUUCAAGUGCGCCUACGGGGCAGCAAAUGAUGUUUGCCAUGAAUUUCUGGAGUACUAUUAUGGUCAGCUUUGCAACAAUUCUUACAGGUGAAGCAAAGGAAUUUUUGCACUUUGCUACGCGCCAUCCUGAGCUCUGGGGACACUUGGCAAUGUUGGCGCUGUGCGGCGCUUUGGGCCAACUUUUCAUCUUUCUUAUGGUAGCCAAUUUCGGACCGCUUGCCUGUUCUGUGGUGACAACAACACGCAAAUUCUUUACUGUACUAUGCUCGGUGGUACUAUUCGGUAAUGUGCUGAUACCCAGGCAAUGGUUUGGUGCGUUAUUAGUAUUCGCUGCGCUCUUCUUUGAUAUGUUCUAUGGUAAGCGCAAUGAUAAGAAAACUGCGGCAGCGAAGAAGUCGGCAGGUGAUCUUGUGGAGGAGAAGAAAAAAUUGAUAUCAUAACAUAUAAAUGAAAUAGUAUAGCUUUAGAUGAUUUUUUAAAUACUAUUUUAUAAUAUCCAUAAGAUAUUACAAGUAUGGCGUAGCUUAAAGCUAGUCCAUAAAUGGCAAGAACUAACGUAACGUAAUAGCAUAGUGAAAUUUAGACCGAACUCUAUUUCCAUAGUUAAUUUCUCUGCAAGUUUUGCCGAAGAACAAUAACAAAUUAUUUGGUAUAAUUUACCGUAUACGGAACCUGUUCUGAAGCUUCAUAUUUAGAGCACAAUUUUCUAGUGCUCGCAAGCUGUAAAUUAAGCAUGUAAAAUUGAUUUUUUGAACUUUAGUUUUGCAUUAAUUGAAUUUGUACUUAGUGCGUAAUUUGUAUAAGAGACAAAAACAAAUAGAAUUUAUUUUCCAGAACAACAAAGAAUUCGUCUUUUUGUAAUUCUCCAUAUGAAUGAUGUGAUCAAACAAUUACAUUCUACAAGAUUGUUAGUUUUAUGCUUUUUAGCAGGGUAAAUGUGUAUCCUGUAUGUGUAAGCGUAUUAUCGAGAACUGGUUUCUCGUUCAUCAAAAACAUAGUUCUUGAGCGAUUUAAUUAUAAUAAUUAUGUGUUUAGUUUUACGUUUAUCAAGAAAUUGUAACAAAUUACAAUAAAUAAUACAUAGAUUCUUUA